CCUUGCUAUUUACUCGAAUCCUAUCACAUUGUAUAUUCGUAUUGCUCGGAAAACAGUGAAAGCAUCAGCAUACUACGUAGGCCUGUAUGAUACUAGAUGGAGAUUCCUGGUAUCGCCGAGGUUUCAUAUGCGAUGCCCGCCCGCUCGCCAUGCCUUUCACAUGGAGCACGGAGAGUUGGCACUCAACCUCCUCCGUUCGAGUUUAGUUAUUUCAAAAGCCUCAAGUCCCGUUGGGUGACCAUGAUAUAAUCGAGAUUUAUACUGGUGGCCCUCUGUGUCCAUUUCGUCUCGCUGUCUGAGCCCGUUGUUAAGAGGCUAAGCUAAAAGAAGAUUCCCCUUGACCACCAGUUACCACCAUCGCCGCCAUAAUGGCGUCUGGAAAGCUUCCAUUGUUAAUUGGGUCAUCCCUAAUCGAGUCUCUUGCUAUUAUUACGUUUCUCCCUCAAUAUCUCCCUGCAAACCCGCUAGUAUGGACAUUGUCACGAGUCUUGGCUGUGAAUAGUGGGAUUCUACUGGUUUACUUGAUAUUCAUAUAUCCAUUCUAUAUCAGCCCCUUGCGCCAUCUUCCGUCGCCUGGUAAUGGAAUUCCGAUUAUAGGGCUAGGGGCGGCCAUGUUCAAGCGACCCCCAGGGCAAGACUUCUUGAACUGGGUCACCAACGUCCCGAACGAUGGCCUCAUCCUCUUCCGUGGCCUCUUUCACAGGAACAUUCUCCUCCUGACGAACCCAAGGACGAUUGGAGAAGUCCUGGUGACCAAGUCCUACGAGUUCCAAAAGCCAACCAAGGUCCGGAACUUUCUCCGUCGCAUCUUGGGCGAUGGAUUGAUCAUCGUGGAAGGCGAUGAGCACCGAUUCCAGCGCAAGCACAUCAUGCCUGUCUUUAGCUUCCGAAAUAUCAAGGAGUUGUACCCCAUGAUAUGGGGCAAAUCUGUUGCUCUGACUCAAGCUCUCAAGGCGGAACUCGAGCAUGGCAAAUCGGCUUCCACGGGUGAGCUGGAGCUCAACCACUGGGCGAACAAUGUUACCAUGGACAUUAUUGGUGUUGCCGGCCUUGGGCGCGAUUUCAAUGCGCUGAAGAACUCCGAUGACCCCCUGAUCCAGAACUACGAGGAGAUUCUCGAGCCCACGGCCGAGAAGGUUGCGUUCUUCGCCUGCCAGAUCAUUCUACCACAAUGGUUCAUUGAGAUGCUCCCGUGGGGGUUGAACGAGCGGGUGAAGGUGACAACCACUAAUCUCACCAACAUCUGCCUGCAGCUGGUCCGCGACAAGCGUGAAGCCAUCAAAAUGGGGGGAGAGGAACACUUCGAUAUCUUAUCCAUUCUCAUCAAAUCCGACAAUUUCUCGGACAAGCAGCUCGUUGACCAACUUCUGACCUUCCUCGCCGCUGGCCACGAAACCACCUCCUCCACUUUCACUUGGACUGCAUUUCUCCUUGCCAAGUACCCCCACAUCCAAACCAGGCUCCGCGAAGAAGUGCGCGCCUAUCUCCCAGCUGACCCCUCCAACGAGCCGAACCUGGCUCAAAUCCUCGAGUCCAUGCCCUUGCUCAACGGUGUGUGCAACGAAACCCUCCGCCUGUACCCAACCGUCCCCAUUACUGUCCGCGCCGCCGUGCGCGACACCACGGUCAUGGACCUGCCGGUCCCCAAAGACACCGAGCUCGUCCUCUGCCCCUGGGCCGUCAACCGCUCUCCUCAUCUCUGGGGUAAGAACGCCAGCGAGUUCGUACCCGAGCGAUGGAUCGAUUUCGACGCCGGCGCGGAGAAGGAGGGGCGCCCGAACAAUACGGGCGGUGCGAAGAGCAAUUAUGCCCAGUUGACGUUCUUGCAUGGGCCGCGGAGCUGCAUUGGGCAGAACUUCGCGAAGGCGGAGCUGCGGGCCUUGACUGCAGCGCUUGUUGGGGCGUUUGAAUGGACGUUAGCGAACCAAAGCGAGAAUGUGAUCCCUGGGGGCGUUAUCACGACGAAGCCGCAGAAUGGCAUGCAUCUGAAGCUGAAGCCAAUUGCAGAUUGGUGAACAUGGGAGACAGGGGGACGGGAAUUGGAGUUUCAGGAACUGGUCUGUUUUGCUGGACACCAUAGAUGCCAGAGCACAAUCUAGCAUGAUCGCGACGAAUUAUUGGACGUACA